CUGCGGAGCAAGGGGGACCGCAGACGUCGGACGUGUCGGUAAGAACCGACAAGCCCGUCGGUAGAAGAGGACGAAUGUGCGAGCAGCAGGGGCAAGUGGACCCUCGAUCUCAACCUCCAACUUACCUCUCUCACCAAAUAAUGCUAGUUCUGGCUCCCCAACAUCAGGUCCAAUUGCAUCUAUCUUUCUGCCUGAGGGUCAAGCAUCGCGUCGCACGUCGUGCUUUUCCUAGUACGCGACUUGACCCAGGAUUGCCACCGUAAGGCUGGCGGUUCAAGUCGCUACCACCGGGCGCUUCUUAGUUGGCUGUCAAGUGGGUGCGUGGGAUCUAAUUUCGCUGUUCUGUCGUUAAGGCGGUAGAGGAGAGCUCGAUGAGCGGGGUUUCGUUCGUCGAUGGAGAAUCUUCGAGCAACGCAACAGGGUCGAUGAGGUGGCUGGUGUAAGUUGUGCACGGAGGAAUCUUGUCUCCCUUGACAGUUGGGUGUACUUACUCUGUUCCAUUGUUGGAAUGUGGAGAUUUUGUCCAACGUAGUUAGUUGUGUUGAAUAAACGUUUGGUCGUCUGGUUAUCUUUGGCAUGAUUCUACAGGAUUCCUGUUGCAGAAUCACGCUGUUGCGGUAGGGAAACCGCCUUUGAGCAUGUACAAAUGAGUGGGUUAGAGGGCGUUUGAUUGUGUAGCGUCAUGGCGAGUGUUCCUUGUCUGUGCUGAGUUUAAAUGUGUUACUGAUUGCACUCACAUAAGUUUUUGGUACAUAGCAAAGGGCUGGGUUAUGAGCAGUCAAGCAGGCAUGGGAGAACAGAGCACACCAUGUCGAUGGGGGGUUGUGCGCGGGGUGGCGAACUUAUUUGGGGGGUUGAAGGCGCCAGUAGAGGUGAAGCACCUACUCCGUGAGAGAUUCUCAUUAUUGUUUGAACCUGAUACCCCGGAAGACGUUUCGGAGGCUUCCACUCGGCAAUAUUUCGGUGAAGCUGUUUUUGCCGAGUUCCAGGCUGGUAGUUCCCAUGAUGGAAUGGAUCUGGAUCCUCUAGCGACAUCGCCCCAUGAUCGGGAACUCUAUCUCACACCUGAGGAUUUUCAAGACGAGGAUGUUCUUUGGGAAACAAGUCACGCAAUCCCUCCACCUGUUGAUGAUCGCACGGAAUUAGAGCCUUGUGUAUGCGGACAGGGUUGUUUGCGUUGUCAAGCACGCCAGAUAAUUAUAUCUCGACCUUCGACUUCCAUUGGCCGGAUGCAUCCGACCUAUCCAUGGUUCGGGGAGGGGAUGCUGCGGAGACGAGGCUGGAAAAUCGCAGCGGGCAUGUUUACUGCGUACAGAAAUUUCUCAGGGCUACUAAGUCAAAUUCGAUUGAGGAGAACAGUAACGGCGGAGAUCACCCCUGCAACAUCGUCUCGCACCCCUGGAACGAGGAGGAGGAUAUUUACCCUGCGUAGCCCAAGCGGAUACACAGGGAUUCGCCCACGGAGAGACAAGUGGGUGUGUGAAAUGAGGAUUUCUGGAAAGAAUGAGAAGGUGUGGCUGGGUUCGUAUGAUACAGAGAAGGAGGCUGCUCUGGCGUACGAUGCAGGUCUGCAUCACUGCAGCAGUACCAGGAGGGCCAGGCAAUACAACUUCAGUUCAUCCCCGAGGCUGCUUGGACCUCAGGCAAGACUGGAGCACCUCUCUUCGGCCGAUAGGAAGGCUAUUGUAAAGAUGAUAGCGGAGGAAUACGCCAGAAAUCACUCUACUAUACAAAUUCAGUGAAGCGACGGCACAAACAGCCCUCACUGCUCAAUCCACGCACUUGAAUCCUUAAUCAACCCGCCAAGCUUUUGCAAUGUACUUCCAAGUAGCAUUCCAUUUCGUUUUGAGAGUAUAGGUAUCCAAUAUAUACACAACUAUAUACAUAUAUAUUUAUAGAUAGAUUGAUAGAUAGAUAGAUUUUAUCCGCUGGAUUCUACCACUGACCUGGACCUUGAAAAGCUUCUCAGGACUUGACAUGAACACUAUUAUGAUGUUGAGGAUUUUUGACCAAGUUGUUGAAGUUAUCUUUUAGUAUGUAAUAUUAUGUAUUUAUUUAUUUAUUACCA